CUCCUAGCUGCGGCUUCGCCGGGCUUGACAGGCGCGGUCUCUGCCGGCAGUGCGUUGCCCUCACUUCUCUCGGCCUCCCGUUCGCGUCCGGCCGCCGCCGUCCCGCUGCCCUUUUCUCGAGCCUCCCCUUCCUUAUGUUCCGGGACCGGAGUCCGAGAAGCAAAGACCCUCUUCUUGCCCAGUCCCCAUCAUGUCCGAAGUGACCAAAGAGCUGCUGGAGCUGGUGUGGGGCACCAAGAGCAGUCCGGGACUGUCGGACACCAUCUUCUGCCGCUGGACGCAAGGGUUUGUGUUUAGUGAAGCAGAGGGAUCUGCAUUAGAGCAGUUUGAAGGUGGCCCCUGUGCUGUUAUUGCACCUGUUCAGGCAUUUCUUUUGAAGAAGCUUCUGUUUUCCUCCGAGAAGUCGUCCUGGCGGGAUUGCUCAGAGGACGAGCAGAAGGAGCUCCUUUGUCAUACCUUGUGUGAUAUUUUAGAAAGUGCUUGUGACAGCUCUGGAUCUUACUGCUUGGUUUCAUGGUUGAGAGGAAGGACACCUGAGGAAGCUGCUAGGAUUUCUGGGAGUCCUGCACAGUCUAGUUGCCAAGUGGAGCAUUCUUCUUCUGCCUUGGCUGUCGAAGAGCUUGGCUUUGAGCGAUUUCAUGCAUUAAUUCAAAAAAGAUCAUUCAGAACUGUAUCAGAAUUAAAAGAUGCUGUCUUGGACCAAUAUUCAAUGUGGGGAAACAAAUUUGGAGUGUUGCUUUUUCUCUAUUCUGUAUUACUGACAAAGGGCAUUGAAAACAUAAAGAAUUCAAUUGAAGAUGCAAAUGAACCUUUGAUAGACCCUGUGUACGGGCAUGGCAGCCAAAGCUUAAUUAACCUCCUCCUGACGGGGCAUGCAGUAUCUAACGUAUGGGAUGGUGAUAGAGAGUGCUCAGGAAUGCAACUUCUCGGUAUCCAUGAACAAGCAGCUGUAGGAUUCUUAACACUAAUGGAAGCUUUACGAUAUUGUAAGGUUUUCUGUUGCGUGUUAGCACAGCUGACUCAUCCCUGCUUUCAUAGGACAAGGGGACUGAGUUUUCUGCCCAUGAAUACAGAGUUCCUGAUUUCCACCUCCCUCGUGGUUGGUUCUUACUUGAAAUCUCCAAAAUUCCCUAUUUGGAUUGUUGGCAGCGAAACUCACCUCACCGUAUUUUUUGCCAAGGAUAUGGCUUUAGUUGCCCCUGAAGCGCCUUCUGAACAAGCCAGAAGAGUUUUUCAAACCUUUGAUCCAGAAGAUAAUGGAUUCAUAGCUGACUCCCUUCUGGAAGAUGUCAUGAAAGCCUUGGACCUUGUUUCAGAUCCUGAGUAUAUAAAUCUCAUGAAGAAUAAAUUAGAUCCAGAAGGAUUAGGAAUCAUAUUGUUGGGUCCAUUUCUUCAAGAAUUUUUUCCUGAUCAGGGUUCCAGUGGUCCAGAGUCUUUUACUGUCUACCACUACAAUGGAUUGAAGCAGUCAAAUUACAAUGAAAAGGUAAUGUAUGUGGAAGGGACUGCAGUGGUUAUGGGUUUUGAAGACCCCAUGCUACAGACAGACGACACUCCUAUCAAACGCUGUCUGCAAACCAAAUGGCCGUACAUUGAGUUACUGUGGACCACAGACCGCUCUCCUUCACUCAACUGAGUUGCCUGAGUAUGUGUAAGGAAUAUUGUCAGACCGGGUGUUGAAAGAGGAUUCAUGACUGGCUACAUAAAGCUAAACACUGGUAUUGUUGAUUAACUGUAAAUAACGAUUAAAAACACAUUUUCAGUGUUUAAGAUACGUUUAAAUUAUUUGUUCUAAAGCUUUAUGUUAAAGGUUAUCCUGUUUUAAUCCUUUCUGUGAAAUUUACUAACAAAAUUAAGCUUCAAUUAAAGUUCAUCACUUCUGCAGUCAGAGAAUUGGUUGUUACCAGAUUAUAAACACAUUAUAGCAUUUUUAUAAAUGGGAUCAGUCACAAAAACCUGCCUGGAAUAUCAUUUCAUUCAUUUCAUUUCACUGUAUUAUUUUUAGCAGCCUCUAUACCAAAAUGCAGAAGUUAAUUUUUGUUAAUUUUGUUUUUCAUUGCUAAAAUCUGCUUUCUAUCAGAAGUACUAAUAAAUCACAAAUUAUCAGCCCUGGUCCUUUGGUAACUAAUUUAACACUAGCAUGUUAAAAAAAAAAAAAAAGGAUACUAUAUGGGAACUUGAAUUUGUUGACAGGUGCCCAGGGAUGUGUUUUUACAAUGAUAGGGGAUAGCCUCUGUUUGCUGGGUGGUCUUAACUCUGUCACUUUCACUGGAUUGCUAAAUACACUUCUCCACCUUUGUUCCUACAAGCCUGCUCUCUUGUAUAUUUAUAAGCGUGGUAAUGCAUGAGACCAUCUACUGUUACAUUAGCAUAUUGCAUUAUUUAUUAUGACUCCAGUUAAUACCAUAAAUAAAGACUUUUCUUUAACUACA